AUGUUUCAGAAUAGAGGCUAUCCCUUGGACUUAAUCCAACAAGUCACCAAGGAAGUUAAUGAAGGUAGGCGAAAAAAACCAAAACCUGAGACAAACAUCUCCAAUCCUUCUGAAAUAACAGCAACUGAUGAACAAGAGGUAACUCUGCUAGUGACAUUGAGCUCAGGAGGAAAAAUGCUUAACAGGGCACAGUCUGAUAAUAAGGAAAUUCUUCCAGCAACUUUUAAAUGGUUCCACCCUACUGAAGGCGAGAUCACUGGCAAUGGAAGUGAUAAAUACAGGAUAUCUUCCACAACACAACAGUCAGUGUUUGUAAUAUCUAAAUUUGCAGCAAAAAAGGACAUGGGGCUAUAUACAUGCACAGUCACAAACAUAAUAGGAAGCGUGAACUUUACCUUUCAAAUUGACAUUAAACAAGCUGGACCUAAUGUGGGACUUAUUGUUGGAGCAACUAUUGGUGCAAUUGCAGCAGCAGUACUCAUAGGGGUGGCAAUAUAUUUCAUUGUGAAAUAUGCAAACAAAAAGAAAGUGCAAUACCAUAAAGAAGAAAGACAAGCAGCAGCAAAUGGAAAUCCAGGAGCACCUGCAGAUGUUUAUGCAAUAGUCAAUAAAGAAAAAGUCUCACCCAAAGAAAAAGACAAAGCAAUCCCCUUAGAAGACACAUCAACACAGAAGGUGUCUAAAUCUGGAGAUAAUGAAAUCCAGUAUGCAGAACUCCCAGUACUUCAGAAACAAGGUUUGAAGUUACCUAGAGUGGAAGUGCCCAACACCCUAUAUUCUCACAUUAAGACUGGCUGAUGACAUCACAGCAUGGAUAUGACAAUGUGGAUUUAAGUAAUAUUAAUAUUUUGAAGCCUUAAGACAGCUGCAACAUGAAAAUACAACUAAAAUGUAUCAAGAUACUGUAACACCAUGAAUGGAAUUAUGCUUUUAACUAAUAACAGCACUUUAAAAUUGCAACAGCUAAUAACGUGUUCAUUGAUUUAUUGUUAUGGUGCAUAUUGUGUAGCUUGUUAUUAAUCAUUUUGUAUAAUAUCUCUUUAGUAACUUUAAUAUGAAAUAAUUUAUAUUCAGCCUUUUUUCUGUGAACAUAUAUCUUUGUGCAUAUUUAUUUACUAUCAGGUCUUGACAAGAUGAUAUGAUAUAAUAUGCUUUCUUAACCAGUAUACUAUCCCUUGAAUUGUGAAAGCAUAAUUUUGGUGUUAUUGUACAGAAUAAGGAAGCUUUAUUUUAUAUCAUAUACAACUAUGUUUUUCCUUUUAAGUAACUCAUCCAGUUAACAGAAACAAAACCUUGCAAGAUUUACUUAAGAAUAAUAUGUAAUAUAAAAAUAAACUAAAGGAAGAGUAACACUGUAUGAGCUAACAAAUGUCACUCAUAUAUCCUUCACCUUCCUGUAUACACUCUUUAGAUAUUUCCCAACAUUACAGACUCCUGCAACUUAGUUUCAGAAUUCACUACCUACCUGUACCCUCCACACUUCAACACCUCUCCAUCUUACUUCUCCUCUUCCCUCUAACCUCACUAUACCAUCUAUAACCCUAGUAAUAUCUACAUCACUCAGUCUUCCCUUCACCAUCUUAUCAUAAUGACUGUCAAUCACCCAUCUGAACCCCAAGAACUACCCCACUCUUUUGCACAAUACAUUCUCCAACUACCAAUUUAUACACAAUUCCAGCUACACAAACUCUUUGUCUCAUGUCCCUCAAAUCUACCAAAUCCCAAUGCUACCUUAAAAUUCCUAAACAUCUCUAUAUAUUCACCCUCAUUUUGCUCAUGUUCCUCAGCAGAGACAUGUAAUCUAAUCCAGUUCCCCUCCCACCAUACAACACCCAUACCUUUUUUCUGCAUCUCCACACACUUUCUACUGUGCAUUAAUUAAUACAAAAGCAUCUCUAAUAAACUUGUCCAGAUAAACAUUUUCCUUACAUUCCAAAAUGACACCACAGCUGUCACUGAAAUAUAGAUUAAACAUGCCAGCCCUUUUCUUUAGCACCUACUUCCUUCCUACAAAUACUUCCAAGAUGCAAAAAGCAAGGUAAAAGGCAAGGUGAAGGGCACACUCAUUGAAAAUUAAAAAAAAAAAACAAUCAACCCAACUGUAUUUGGUAUAAUAUAUGGAACCUCAUAAAAGCUGAAAAUAUCACACUUUUUCUCCAGACCAGGAAGAAACAUAAUAGUCAAAGGAGUCCUCCUAGCUUAGCUGGAAUAAGGGCUCCAUAUUGCAGCCACAGUCUAACAAAUAAAAUAAAAUAAAAUCUCAUCCACACUAUGAUCAACUGAAAAAAAAAAUCUAUGAUUCUUUUCCA